AUGGAUAAAAUUAACGUAAGCGAAAUGAAAAGAGAAUUCAACAAGCGUUUGAACGAAUUAUUAAUGUUGAAAAACCACAAUGCGCAACUUUACACGAAACCUGCUUAUUUUGAACUUUUAGAAAAAGUAAAAGAAGCGCAAAAUGUACAAAACCACAAGAGACCUGAGCACUAUCAACGGCUGAAGAGGUUUGAGGUAGUAAAGAUGGCUGAUGGGACUGAGAAACUCAUAGUUCCCAGUCCAUUGAGCAAAAGUACAAUCAGGUGUUACGUCCAUACGGAAGAAAUAUUUGACAUAUUACACAAAGCUCACACUGUGGACACUAACCAUGGUGGUAGAAACCGAAUGGACAAAUAUGUAAAUCAGUAUUACAAAAAUAUCACAAGAGAAGUCAUCAUUAUGUAUCUAAACCUUUGUACUGUAUGCGGAAAGCAGUACACAACGAAGAAAAAUGGGCCCCUUGACAAUGAAGUUGUAGCCACCCCGACUUUGAUCAACAAAACAAAUAUGAGGUGCUAUAUUGAUGUAAUUGACAUGCAAUCGAGGGCUGAUGAGCAAUGGGGGUUCGUAUUGAUCUAUCAAGAUGAUCGUACAAAGUUUAUUCAGCUUCGACCGCUUAAAACUAGUACGGCCGAGGAAGUAGCUCACGUGUUGUUGGAUAUUUUUGCGAUUUUCGGUGCACCAUGCAUCCUCCAGAGUGGGGUCAGUAGGGAAUUUGCCAAAGUACUUGUUGGUGAAAUUUCCAGUAUGUGGCCUGAAUUGAAAUUGGUUCAUGGAAAGGACCAAUCUAGAAAUCAAUCUAUGAAACAAGAGAUAGAAAACUUUCUUAAUAAUUGGUUGAUGGCAAACAAUACUUACAAGUGGUCGGAAGGACUGCGCUUCGUCCAAAUGAUGAAGAAUAAAAGUUACCACAGGGAUAUUAAUUGUUCUCCAUUCGAGGCUAUGUUCGGGACAAAGAUGAAGGUUGGUCUAAGGACCCAUCUUUCUCGCGCUGCUCUGGCUGGAGUGGAGUCUGAAGAAGAUUUGCACUCACUGGUUCCCAUCAGUGAAGAGAAUAUGCAAUAUGAUGCACCUAGUGCCAGCCCAAAGUGUCAAUCCUUGGAAAUGUCCGAUCCGCACAGCGUUUCAGUGUCCUAA